CAUUCAGUGACGCGGACUUCCAGGAAUGUAGCAGGACAUGGGUGGCUCCAGAUCUCGUCGCAAGACUGGCGCCCUCAGUCCACACAUCGACUGGUCCAUCAAAGUCGACCCAAAAUCCUCUCCACUCCCUCUGCCUCAGCUAGACGAUGACCUGAGGACGACUGCCCGCAAGCUCUACGAUCUACAGACGACUGUCGAAAGCGGUAAGAGCUUGGCAAGGGCGACACACUGGCGGGAAGUAGACUCCGACGCUACUGUGGAGACAAGACUUGCAACAAUUCUCACUCAGGAAGAGCAUAAGCAAUACAUUGCUUGGAGACGAGGACGAUCCGGACCGCUUGUACUCUGGGGUGCAUCCCCCCGUCGCGCCUUGCCUUGUCCGGAGAAACAAGAGAGAAGGUACCGCACCUUAGCAUGGGCUUUGAACGCUGUCUACCCUGGAGAAUACCUGAAUGCCGACAAUGUGGCAUGGUUCCAGUAUCACCAACGACCAGCAAUGCCUCUGCUUCAUGCGAUCGUCAAGGUGCGACAGGAGGGUCUGCUCUAUCUGCUUGGACGCCAGCUAUGGACUAGACCUGAGCGCGCCGAACUGCAGACGGCACGGAAGAUUAUAGCAGCGACAUCGAUACAGCUUGCCCGUCUCAACGCCUGCACUCUUUGGGAGAAGCAACUUGUCAACGAGAUCAAAGCGUCCUUAAUGCUGAUACAGAAUCGGGAACAUUGGACGCAGCGCAAGGUCACUGCUUGGAAGCUGAGGAUCGAGGUCCCCUUCAAGAGCGCGAAGCCUUCAAAGACGAGUGAGCCCCGUGCUGGCAUUGGCCAACGGAGUGCCUCACUGAAGAACAGCAGCCUGCGAUUGGACGCUGACUGUGAAGAGAAGAGCGUCAACGCUUUUGUACUCAGCCCAAUGUCACUUCUGGAGGAAGGGAUAGCUGAGACCUCGGUCGAUGGCCUGCUUGAUCUGGAAAGAGGAGGAAGUCUGGCUGUACAGUCGUAAACAGUAGCUCGGCCGUUCUCUCCUGAUUCACUUCAGCUCCAAGAGCCUCUCCAGGUUGUUAGGAGACCGACGAUCGUAGUUCACUUGGGCACUCUGCAGCCCAUUUCCCACCCCACUUGUAAUGAGGCUGCGUUUUCCUCCACCAACUGAGCCGAGAGUCAUAUUUCGUUUUUUGUGAGGCAGUCCGUUGUGAGAGUACCGAGGUCGGCUAGGAGAGAAGACGUAGAGUCUGCAGAACAUUGGUAUUUGCCUAGAAUUUCAUGUGUGACGAGUGUGCGCUGACA